CUUUGCAGAUGUAUCUUGUCUUAGAUGGAGAGGUCCCUGGCCGUGGGCAACAUGACCAGAGUCCAGGAAUUUGUCCUGCUGGGCUUGUCCACGAGGCUGGGCAUAAGGGAUGUCCUGUUUGCUGUCUUCCUGACCCUCUACCUGCUGACCCUCCUGGAGAACACGCUCAUCGUCCUCCUCGUCUGCAGGCACAGCGAGCUCCACAAGCCCAUGUACUUCUUCUUGGGCAACCUGAGCUGCCUGGAGAUGUGCUACAUGUCGGUGACCACGCCCAGCCUGCUCGCGGGGCUGCGGACUGGACCCUGCCGCGUGCCCUUCACAGCCUGCAUGACCCAGCUCUUCCUCUUCAUCUCCCUCAUCUGCACGGAGUGCUCCCUCCUGGCAUCCAUGGCCUACGACCGCUACGUGGCUGUCUGCCGCCCACUCCACUACCCGCUGCUCAUGAGGCCCCAGGUCUGCCUGGGCUUGGCUGUGGCUUCAUGGCUUGGUGGGCUGCUGGUCUCAGUGGUCAAAACAGCAUGCAUCGCCAGCCUGUCCUACUGUGGCCCCAACGUCCUCAACCACUUCUUCUGUGACGUCUCCCCUCUGCUCAACCUGUCCUGCACCCACGUGGCCCUGACGGAGCUGGUGGACUUCAUCUCUGCCAUCGUCAUCCUUUGGGGUUCCCUCCUGGUGGCCAUAGCCUCCUACAUGGCCAUUGGUAGGGCCGUGCUCCGUAUGCCAUCAGCUGCUGCUCGGCGCAAAGCCUUCUCCACCUGCACCUCCCACCUGGUUGUGGUCGGCAUCUUCUACUCAGCCACUCUCUUCAUCUAUGCCCGUCCCAGCCGCAUAGAAGCCAUGGACCUCAACAAGGUGCUGUCCGUCAUCUACACGGUGGCCACGCCCAUGUGCAAUCCUGUCAUCUACUGCCUGCGGAACAGGGAGGUCCAGGCAGCUUUCCGAAGAACCCUCCACUGGUCCUGUGGCUGA